CUUGGCCACUGCAACUUCUCAAGGGGCAAUCGCCAAAACCGCCCAAGAUGACGCCGCUGGGCUCUGUUUUCCGACGAAUUGCGAUCCGCGCACCGUCGCAAUUCUUUGUCUGCAACCAAUGCCUCCGUCCGCAGUCCCGAAUUCUCAAAACCCUCCAGCAGGCGCGCCGCUACUCCGACAAGCCCGCCGCCGCAACAAUCUCCAACAUUGCUGAGCAAGCUGCUACAAAGGCCGCCACGUCCAAUGCACAGGCUUUCAAGGGCUUCCCGAAAACUACAUCCAAGGCCGUUGCCUACUGGCUGCUCGGCAGCGCUGCCAGUGUCUUUGGCAUUGUCGUCUGGGGCGGCUUGACCAGACUCACAGAAUCAGGAUUGAGUAUCACCGAAUGGAAGCCCGUUACUGGAUCGCUGCCUCCCCGAUCUCAGGAGGACUGGGAAUCCGAAUUCGAAAAGUACCGAGCGUCGCCCGAGUUCAAGAUCCUCAACCCCAACAUGGACCUCGAAGAGUUCAAGAAGAUUUACUUUAUGGAAUGGAGCCACCGUGUAUGGGGCCGCUUCAUUGGUGUCUCUUUUGUCCUCCCUACAAUCUACUUUAUUGCUCGCCGCCGCGUGACGCCCAAGAUGGCGCUGAACCUCGUCGGCAUCUCGGCCCUCAUCGGCUUCCAAGGCUUCAUUGGCUGGUGGAUGGUCAAGUCUGGUCUCAAGGAUGACCUCUUUGCACCUGGUUCUCAUCCCCGUGUCUCCCAGUACCGUCUUACUGCUCACUUGGGCACCGCCUUUGUCUGCUACUCCUGGAUGUUGCUGUCUGCCAUUUCCAUCCUGCGUGCCCGCCGCAUGGCUCUGGACCCUAAAGCUGCGCUCAGCAUCGUAGCCGCGUUAAGGAACCCUGCCAUCAACGCCUUCCGCCGCUCUGCAUUUGCCGUAGCAGCUCUAGUCUUUGUCACGGCCAUGUCGGGCGCCCUGGUGGCUGGCUUAGACGCUGGCCUCAUUUACAACGAAUUCCCCAACAUGGGUAAGGGACUCUUCCCCCCUGCCUCUGAGCUUUGGGACAAGUUUUACUCCCGCAAGGAGGACAAGUCGGAUCUGUACUGGCGCAACGCUUUCGAAAACCCCAGCCAUGUGCAAAUGGACCACCGCAUCCUCGCUGUUUCCACAUUCUGUGCCAUCCUUGCUCUCUUCGCCUACUCUCGUACUGGCAAGGUUGCCGCAGCGCUGCCAAAGAACGCAAAGAAGGGUGCCAUGGGUUUGGUCCAUCUGGUGUCUCUGCAGGUUGCACUGGGAAUUUCCACUCUCAUUUACAUGGUUCCUAUCCCUCUCGCGGCUGCUCAUCAAGCCGGUAGCUUGGCAGUAUUGACUGGAGCCCUUGUUCUGGCUCAUCGUCUUCAUGUUCCCAAGUCGACUGUCCGCGCACUGGAACAAAAGGUCAAGCAGCUCAACAAGUAAUCACUGCUCAGACCAAAACAAGUUGUAUCACUAUGCCCAUUCGGCAAAUCAUUCCUGUAACAAUAGUUGUUCAUUAUACAAAAGCAAUAUCCACUCAAAAUACAUAGAGGCGCCAAACCCAGUACAUGGCGCCGUGUUGAUGCCAGUAAUAGUGAUGUUCACACCCUUCGUCCCGUGUCAUGAUACAAGCUACCAGGACUAAUUACAUUCGCCUCAUUCUUCUAACCCCUAACUCGCCCAGUCACCGUAUAAGAUGGAGCGUUCAUUAUACAAAAAGAAAUUACAAUGUCGAUAUCGUGUUGUGGAAACAUUAUCAUCGUGUUUCCCAUAAAAUGUCGUAAAGAAAAAAAAGAUGUCGCUUUUUGCGUGUACGCCAGCAAAUGCUAGCUUCAUAGUGCGAGUGGUGGUCAUUAUGCAUGACUAGAUUGAACCUCGCCAGGAACCCUAUUCCAUGUACAUGUUCAUAUCCUGCAUUGGGUUGCCUUGCAUGGCUAGAUUCAUGUUCGGCAUAGAUCGACUCAUGGAAAUGGAGGGAUCUCCAAUGACAUUAGUGGUGUUGGGCAUCAUAUAGUGUAUAUCGUGUGUUCCCUGUUGGAGAGGUCCACGCGCUCUCGGAACAUUUAGUGAGUCUUGGUCUUGUAUGGCCAUCUGGGGGUGUCGAACUGGAGUUGUGUCCAUCAUAACGAAGCCGUCGUCAUCCAUUUCGGCAUCGGCGUCUUGGUCACUGGGGUUCUCUGCCUCCCCGUCGGCGUCCUCAACCUCAGCGUCCUCCUCUUCCUCAUCCUCUUCUUCCUCCUCUUCUUCCAUUUCAUUCUCAUCUUCCUCUUCUUCUUCCGCAAUAGAGGGUUCUGCAGUGCCCGUAACCGAGAUGCUGUUUUCUUCGCUCAGCUGCUCACUGGUACUGGCUACCGAGCGUCGCUGUUGAGGCUGACUUUGAGAUUGCUGUUCGUUGGAGGCUUCCGCCGCAGGUCGCUGGACGGCUGUCGAUUUCGCUUUCUUGGCCCCUCGUGCUCGUUUUGAUGUAGCAGUGGUGUUUUUCGGAGGGGCUUGGUUGCCGUCAGAUGAGUCCAAGGGCCUUUGAGCCUUUAAGCCUCCAGCAUUCGCCCUAGUUGUUAUGAUGACGUUCUUCCAUCUGGAAAUAACCUUGGUGACAAUAGUGCUCAAAUCCACAUGUCUAUCUUCAACAUCAUAGCCCAGUGUCUUGCGCGACUCUGUAGCUGAGGCAAUGGCAUAGUUCGCAAGUUCUCGAUCGAUAGGAUACGUUGUUGGAGGGAGUAGCUUAAACUCGCGAGGCUGCUGCAGUCGGUUGAGCUGGUCAAUCUGUGUCUUCAAGUUGUUAACCUCUUGUUGGAGGAGAUGCCUCUCCUUCUUCAGCUUCUCGGCUUCAGUUUGUCGGCGUCCCACACUACGCGCUAGCUCUAGCACCCAGAGCUCGCUGCGUCGAUGGGCAGGUAAUUCCUGCCAAACGGUGAAGGCAGACUUGAGAUGCUCUUUAACUUGUUUCUCCAUAGCAUCAGUUGCCUCCUCAGCUCUUUUCACAGCAUCUCGUACAUUGCCUAUAGGGGCCGAAGCUUGUGGAGGAUAUGUGAGCUCUUCAGUAACAUGAGUAGUCGCAAUUGAGCAGGUGACCUUCCAUUUCUUGAAUUCUUCUGUAAAAAACGCGUCUAGUGCCCGGUGUUCACGUAUUCCAGGGUAUCCAACAGCCCAUGAUGUGGGUGUGGGGUGCUGAGUAGACGAGUAGAGGGUGGGUGGCGGCCUGAGACAUUGCAGAGUCAAGGAAGGGAAGUCGAGCGACAAGGGGUCGAAGUCAAACGGGGUAGAGUUGUUG